CACAGAUUGCGUUAUGCGGCGCACACGUCAAGCGCCCGACGUAUAUAUAAUACGCCGCCAAUGUUCGCGAGGCGCACUUUGUUGUAUAAUGUUUAUCGGGAGAGCACCGACGACAAACGCGAUGGUUGUGCGCGCCCGUUCCGCCGCAGCGGUCGCGAUGAAUGCGAUGACGGUGAUGACGGUGAUGACGGCGGCCGUGGCGGUGAUGACGACACCGGUGACCUCCGGCGCGGUUACCCUGGACAGCGUGGCCGUCCGACUGGGCCUGCCCGAGGGCCGAGGGCUGUCCGGAGUUUGCCUGUUCAGAAACGGCCCGGACAAGCGGCGUCGCGUCAUGUUCAAAUCGGUGGCGUCGGCCCGUAAGAAAUACGGCGGCGGUGGUGGCGAUUACAUGGUGGCCGGCGACCUGGCCGCGGACCGGGUGUACGAGGGCACGUUCGCCAGGCUCGUCGACGGCGACCAGGUGGCGCGGUUCGGGUGCGACGGCGGUCGUCGGUUCGAGGUGGCCACGCCAUUCGUGGUCCCGGAAUCGGAUCUGGACACCAUUCUGGCGGUCAAGGAGUCCAUGGAACGUCGGUUCGGCGCACAGCCGUCCCGCCGGGACCCGCACCGAUCGGUCACCGCGGAGCACGUGUCUGUAACGCUGCGCGGUUUGCGGCCGUCGUUAGCUGAAACCGGGAUGGACGCUGCGGCCGCAAUCACCGUGGACGUGUUUCAGCUGUACAAGAAACCGCGGCCGCCGGGUGCGGGCGACGCGUGGGACACGGCUGCGAAACAAGUCGCCGGCGUUCGGUACUCGGCGUACCCGUACGCUAGGUACGCGCUCCGGUACCCCGUCAGCGACCUCGUGCUGGCCGACCUGCCGCCCGAUCAGAUGAUGGCCGUCAAGAUCCGCCGUUCGCCCGCCGUUCCCGUCAUGCAGCAACAUCAUCCCGACCUGCAGGGAAACCGAACAGAAAACGCUAUUUUCAUAUACACCGGUGGCCUCUAUCCCCGCGGUACUGCUAACCUGACGGACAUGUUGGACGAACGCAGCGGCGGGGGCGGAACGUACGCCGACGAGACUGAUGUGGACACUGCGGCCACCUCGUUCCAAGUCGAUGCCAAGCACGCCCACAGCGACUCGUACGAUAUACUCAAAAACACAGUGAAAUGUUUCACAGAUGGAAUGGUUUACAACGGGUAUCCAUGUCGAAAUUCUGAUGUCUGUAUACCUCUGGGUUGGUUAUGCGAUAGCCAAAAAGACUGUCUUGAAGGUGAUGACGAAUACAACUGUUACAAUACAGUAGAUAAUACGAAUGAAGGAGACAGUGCUAAUGGUUUGUACAACAAUAACGACAAUUGGUAUUAUAACCGUGGCACUUGUAAGAAGUUUGAGUUUCGAUGUCGUUCUCGAAGAAUGUCCGUCUGUUUACCCAAUUCUUGGUUAUGUGACGGACGAGUAGAUUGUGAUGACGGAUGGGAUGAAAAUGAAUUCAAUUGUGGUCGAACAUAUGGUGGACUAAGACCAGGAUUUGGUGACUUCAACGCUCGAGAAGACCAAACGUGUAUAACGAAAAAUAAUUUUAAAUGUUGGCAAGGAACAGGAUGCAUAGGUCUCCGUGCAGUCUGCGAUGGGAUCAAGGACUGUGCCGAUGGAUCUGACGAACGUGUGUGCGACAAUUGGAGUUCACACUGUGAUAGAUAUACAGAAUUUAGAUGCUUGAAUAACUUUAAUACAUAUAAUGCACGUAGUUGUAUACCACGACAAUGGGUAUGCGAUUUACAAGACGAUUGUCCGCACGGGGAAGAUGAAACAGUCACCAGCUGCUUAGGAAUGGAUCACCCAACAUUUAAUGGUUUGGAAACUGAUAUUGAAGAUUUUUAAACGAAACUAAUUUCAAUAAGAUUCAAUAUAAUAUACAUAAUUUAUAAAAACUGUUCUUGUAUUUUAUAUACACUGUGUUAAUUUUAAAUUUAACGUUGUUAUCACCUAUAAUAUACGCUUUAGAGAAAAUGGUUAGAAAAUUAGUGAUAAUUAUAUAUUUAUAUAAAUGCUUAUCUCCACAUA